CCUCGUCUUAAAGGGCUAUGUCCCUUUUCUCGUCGCUGCUGCGGCUGCCUCAGCGAGGCCUCGUCACGGCCGCCGUAGCCGCUCGACACCGGCUGGCGCAAACGAGGCCGCGGCCGGGCAGAAACGGAGGCCUGGGCCGAAGGACGCCACGGCAAGCGGCAGCGGGAGGAGCCGUCCGGGUUGGCAGCGGCCUCAGCCUAUCAGCCUUCUUCCUUUUCUCUGGAGAUGCUGGGAAGAAGGAGGAGGAGGGAGAGGAAGGAAAGGCCAAGGAGGAAGACCCCGAGGACGCCAUCAUUCUGCUGCUGAAAAGAGCCAAGCUGAAGAUCAUGAAAGGAGAAUUGGAGGAAGCCGAGCGCCUCCUGCAUGAAGCCUCCUGGCUCUCUCAGCAAUCAAGCAACAACGCCGCCAUUAUCUACACGUAUGACAUGAUGGCAAACUUGGCCUUCCUGAGGGGAGAGCUGGUGAAGGCCGAAAAGCUUUUCAAAGUCACCAUGAGCUACAUGCUGGCCGGGGACGUAAAGCAAGAUGACAAUGCUAUCCUCCAGAUGUCCCUGAAGCUGGCCAGCAUCUACGCGGCUCAAAACCAGGACAAACUCGCCCUGGCCGGCUACCAGUUCUGUAUCCUGACCCUGGAGGAGAAAGUCGCUAAGCAGAAGGAGAUGCCCGCGGGCACCUUGCCAGAGGAAGAGCGGGUCAACGCACACCUUCUCCUGGCCAUGAGUAUGGACUCCUACGCCCGCUAUCUCCUGGCGCACAACCAGACAGCGCUGGCCCAGACGAUGUACGAGCGGGCGCUGAAGAUCGCCAUGGAGGUCAACGGGGAGAGACACCCCCAGACCGUGGUGGUGAUGAACGAUUUGGCCACGGCGCUGGACACUCAGGGCCUCUACGACGAAGCCUACGCCCAAGUGAGCAGAGCCGCCGAACUGGCCCAGCAGACCCAGCACACGGAUACCCACGUCAUCCUGAAUAACCUGGCCGGCAUCCUGAUUCAUAAAGGAGAUUAUUCCCAGGCCAGGCAGGUCUACCAAACCGCCCUGGAAGUGGCCGAGAAAUCGGGUGACGGCAUCGCUGUGCGAUACAUCACAAAGGAACUGGCUCAGCUGGCGAAGAGGAAGCGGGUGCGAUCCAGGGGGAAAACCGGCCUGCAGGAGACGGGCGCGGGCAAGGAUGGGGCAGAGGGGCAGGAGGAGUGACCGCCCACCCCCCAAGCUUCCCGCCGUUGGCUUGCAAGAGAGUCCCAACUGCAGUAGGCAUUCCUUUCCGCUCGCAAGGGCAACACGGCACAGGGACGACCCUCGAUCUGCGCCCUGCCCACAAGGACGGAGCCUAGGGGAUGCCAGCUGGGGGGCAGAAAGUGAGGACCCCCGAGGAGAGCCCCAGUUUGGAGCCCCGGGCUGUAUAAAGCGAGGAGAGCCCCAGUUUGGAGCCCCGGGCUGUAUAAAGCGGAGAGACCUGCAGCUUAUGCAAUAAAAUUAUUAUUUUUAAUUC